UUUGUGCAAAUAAGGUUUCUGUGGUGAGACACCAGAUGCACUCAACUUCCUCUUUCAACAACAAAUGUACCAGUUAUCAACAGGAUCCGUGUCGCUAGAGUUAGACUUUUUACCCCUAGCUCCCUGCAAAGAAACAAGAGUGCUUGUCCCGGCUGAGCUCAACGAUAAUGUUAUCAUAAGAACUUCAACUUUUAGACCGCAGGCAAGUGUUUUAUUAUAACUCUGUUCUGGUCUUUCCCUCUAGAGUUUGUGGACCCUGUCAACAGACUCAUCUCUCAAGACAAAAGGCAUUCCUCACUAUGGUCCUGACCUUUGGGGUAGGUAGUGUGUACCCUGGACAGAGCACAACAAACUGGAGGGAUCAUAACUCUAUGGCUUACCUCGAUGAACAUACUGAAACAUUCAAGAUGGGCAGCAACAGUACCAGCAUCUCUCAGACUGACUGCAAUGUCCCUAAUAUGACAUUUCAGUACUCCCUCUAUGCAACCACCUACAUCCUGAUUUUCAUCCCUGGUCUUCUGGCCAACACCAUGGCCUUGUGGGUUCUAUGUCGCUUCAUCAGCAAGAAAAAUAAAGCCAUCAUUUUCAUGAUCAACCUCUCUGUGGCUGACCUUGCUCACGUGCUGUCCUUACCCCUCCGGAUUUACUAUUACAUCAGCCACCACUGGCCUUUCCAGAGGGCCCUUUGCCUACUGUGCUUCUACCUGAAGUAUCUCAACAUGUAUGCCAGCAUUUGCUUCCUGACAUGCAUCAGUCUUCAGAGGUGCUUCUUUCUGCUCAAGCCCUUCAGGGCCAGAGACUGGAAACGUAGAUAUGAUGUGGGCAUUAGUGCUGCAAUCUGGGUCAUCGUGGGGACUGCCUGUUUGCCAUUUCCCAUCCUGAGAAGCACAGACUUAGCCAACAGCACCAAGUCCUGCUUUGCUGAUCUUGGUUACAAGCAAAUGAAUGCAGUGGCUUUGGUUGGGAUGAUUACAGUUGCUGAGCUUGCAGGAUUUGUGAUCCCAGUGACCAUCAUCGCAUGGUGUACCUGGAAAACCACUAUAUCCUUGAGACAGCCGCCAAUGGCUUUCCAAGGGAUCAAUGAGAGGCAGAAAGCACUGAGGAUGGUUUUCAUGUGUGCUGCAGUCUUCUUCAUCUGUUUCAGUCCCUAUCAUAUUAACUUUGUUUUUUAUACCAUGGUAAAGGAAACCAUCAUUAGCAGUUGUCCCAUUGUCCGAAGCACGCUGUAUUUCCACCCUUUUUGUCUGUGCCUUGCAAGUCUCUGCUGCCUUUUGGAUCCAAUUCUCUAUUACUUCAUGGCCUCAGAGUUUCGUGACCAAAUAUCCCGCCAUGGCAGCUCUGUGACCCGUUCCCGCCUCAUGAGCAGGGAGAGUGGGUCAUCAAUGACUGGCUAAAAUAACUCUUCAAUUAUGACUUGGUUUACCUACAUUCAUUGGCAUUUUCCAAAGGCCAGAAUUACCAUCCAGACAAUUUCUUUCAUUGAACCUUGGAAACAACAGAAAUAUGUGUUUUCUUUUGUGAUAGUCGUGGUCAUAGGGGUGUGAUAGUGAAGACAGAGUGUGAAAAAUGUGGGACAUGAAUGGAAGAUGGGAUUUACCUGCUUCCUCUGUGAAAUUCAAGGCAUUUUCUUAUUAAACAGACCUAGAUCAAGUUUUUACAGAUGUUUCCAACCAAAUAGAAGUUGGAUACUGUAUCUUAAAAAUUUCUUCAGUAAAUAGUAUAUUGUUACUAAGAUACAAUAAAUACAUGAAUUCUUUCUAACACGUAAAAAUAAAUUUCUUCCAUAUGAAGGCCUUUAUUUCUGAA